AACUAUCGAAUGCUCAUUGACGCCGUAAUCACUUCGCCGUCACCGCAACGCAGGAGUAUAACUCAGGCUUUACUGUCUGUUUCACGUUGGACAAUGAAAAGUACUAAAAAAAGAAAAAAGCAAGCGGUGUCGUAUACGUGCGCGUCAUGAGGAUCUGCUGGAGUUGCUGCUCGAUUGCUUUGGAAAAGUCGUGCUUUGAAAACAAUCCACCGACCUCCACGACGUAAUUUAAUUGUAAAUGGACUGAAAGGUGUCAGAUAUUUUUGGACAACAAUCCGUUCAGUCUCGCUUCUGCUUCGAGUCGUUUGGAUGCACUUUGGAACUUUGAGGCCUGCUAAGGUUAGCCUAGCCUAGUUUAGCAGCUAACAAAGAGAAACAACGCGCCUGGGAUAAACACAUCGCCGAGCAAGCAAUCGUUAAGUCCCAAAAUGUCAGAUGUCAGUCAAGCGCAUCGUCCUGAACGCCUGGAGUCUGCUCCCAUGGAAGAAGCGGAAGAGUCGCCAUACAUCAAAAAGGUGGAGGAAGAAUUUGUCCACAUUAAAGAGGAGCAGGAGGAGUACUUCAUUAGACUGCAGAACCCCCACAUUAAGGAAGAGCAGCAACCUCAUCCCCUCAAAAAGGAGGAGGUGGACCCUCCAUAUGUUAAAGUGGAGGUGGUGAACAUCCCCAAGUGGACUAGUGAGCCCUUAAAGGGUGAAGAUGGAGGUCCGAGUGAAGCCAGCAGUUGGACGGAGCCUCCGAAUGGCAGUAGCAGUUCAAAAGAAGGGUCCCAAGCAGACAACCUCAUUGCUCGACCAUCAGAGAGUGACGACUUCACAUCACACUCGCUGCCCUGUUUCAGAAAAUAUCUUGGUGCUGAGCCAGAAUCUCCUGGCAUAAAAGAGGAUGUUGCGCUCCCCCAAAUCAAAGAGGAGCCAAAGCCCUGUCAACAGAAGCAACUUCCAAUCAAAAAGGAGGAGGAGGCGCUGCCAUAUGGUAAAGAGGAGGAGGAGCGUAUUACCAGGUGGACUGGUGAUCCUUUGAAGAGUGAAGAUGGUCUGAAUGAGGCCGGCAGAGGGGCGGAGCGUCCAAGCGGCAGCAGCUCAACAGAAGGAUUGCAAGCAGACAUUUUCAUCGCUCCAUCAGACAGAGAUGCCGCCACGUCACACUCACCUUACAAUGAUGAUGGCCAUAAGACAUCUCACGGUGACGACAAACUCUGCAAAUGCUCUCAGUGUGGGAAAACCUUUGCUAAUAAGUAUAAUUGUCGGAUGCAUAUGAGGAGCCACACUGGUGAAAAGCCUUUUUCCUGCUCAGUUUGUGGAAAAGGUUUUGUUUCGGUGGGAAACCUAAAACAACACACAAGAACCCACACUGGCGAAAAACCUUUUUUCUGCUUGGUUUGUGAUCAAAGAUUUGCUUGGAAGCAACGUUUAAAACAUCACACAAGAAGCCACACUGGGGAAAAACCUUUUGCAUGCUCAGUUUGUGGAAAAGGUUUUGUUGAAGCGGGAGACUUAACAAAACACACAAGAACCCACACUGGUGAAAAACCUUUUUCCUGCUCAGUUUGUGAUCAAAGAUUCACUCUGAAGCAACACUUACAACGACACAUAAGAACCCAUACUGGUGAAAAGCCUUUUUCCUGCUCAGUUUGUGGAAAAGGUUUUGUUCAAGCGGGAGACUUGACAACACACACAAAAACCCACACUGGUGAAAAGCCUUUUUCCUGCUCAGUUUGUGGAAAAGGUUUUGUUCAAGCGGGAGACUUAACAAAACACACAAGAACCCACACUGGGGAAAAACCUUUCUCCUGCUCAGUUUGUGGAAAAUGUUUUGUUCAGUCGGGAGACUUAACAAAACACACAAAAACCCACACUGGUGAAAAAGCUUUUUCCUGCUCAGUUUGUGAACGAAGAUUCGCUCAGAAGCAGCACUUACAACGACACAUAAGAACACACACUGGCGAAAAACCUUUUUCCUGCCCAGUUUGUGCUCGUCAAUUCGCUCAGAAGCAACAGUUAAAAAUACACACAAGAACCCACACUGGCGAAAAACCUUUUUCCUGCUCAGUUUGUGGUCAAGGUUUCGCUCGAAAGGAACACUUAAACGAACACACGAGAACCCACACUGGCGAAAAACCUUUUUCCUGCCCAGUUUGUGAUAAAAGAUUCAGUGACAAGACCACCUUAAAAAAACACACAAGAACCCACACUGGCGAAAAACCUUUUCCAUGCUCGGUUUGUGGUCAAAGAUUCGGUCGAAAGUCCACCUUAAAACAACACACAAGAAUCCACACUGGCAAAAAACCUUUUUCCUGCUCAGUUUGUGGUCGAGGUUUCGCUGCAAAGAUUGACUUACAAAAACACAUAAGAACCCACACUGGCGAAAAACCUUUAGGUUAGGUUAGGGUUGGCGGGUGACGUUCGUAUUCAUGGUACACUUUAUUUUUGUGAUUGCAUUUGUGUUUGGACUUUGCCAUUUCGUGUUUUACCUUUUCUGGCCAUCAACGUCUUUCCUUUGGUUCUCUCGCCGACUGGCAUCAUUUAUAUCAUAAUCUCCUAUUCAAACUACACUUUUCACAUUUAAUAUUUGAAACCGCAGACCCCAAAUUCCAAAAACUCAAAAUCAUUCAUAGAUCUUGUCAUUAAAUAAAUAUGGACAUUUAGAAUACAUUGUUCAAUAUUGCAAAAAAAAAAAAAGAAAAUAAAAAACUGACUCACAAAUGAGUUUUGUGUGGGGGUUAAUGUAAAUAUAUAUAUGUAUUUUUUUCAAUUACUAUUACUACUCGUGAUUGACAGAGUAUGAGAGACAAAUAAACAAAAAUAAAGAAGAAAAAAGGACUGACAGUAAAGUCGUGUUCUUACUACAAGAAUUGUUUUUUUUUCCCCUUGCAGCAAGUCAAGUUAUGGGAUCUCAUCUUCUUUUUUAAAAAUAAAUAUCUAAAUAAAUAAAACACACAGAAUCAUUUCUGUAUUUAACUUGCAGAUUAUAUAUGUUUUGUGUUGAAAAUUUUGUUUUCUUUUAAUAACAUGGUCGCCACCUGACACCUACAGUGGUCUCAUUGAAUAAUUGGAAUGGAAAAGUUCACUGUUGCCAUGAAACAGUUGCCAUGUUUUUUUUGAAAUAAAUUCUUCACAAACAUCCUCAUCUGUAUUGGAUCCAUAUAAUACGGUUCGCAGUUUCAUUACAAAGUUCAGUGACAUUAUUUAUAUCAUACUCUCCCUUUCAAACUACAGUUUUCACAUUUAAUAUUUGAAACCGCAGACCCCAAAUUCCAAAAAUUACAAAUCAUUCAAAACACUAUCAUGAAAUUUAUAUGGGAAAUUAGAAUAUAUUGUUCAAUAUUGCAAAAAUACUGAUUAUAAAAAAAAUCUAUUCUGGCUCACAAAUGAUUUUUGUGUGUGGGGAUAAACGUUACCAUGGCGCAAAAAUGAAUUUUCACUCUACAAAAACGGUGAAAUUUUCUAAAAUUCAAUUGGAGAUUGAAAAUGAACAUUUUUAUGAUGAUAGUUCUAUAUUAGUGCUCAGUGGGGAAAAGUUAGUUGAGGAUCUAGACCAGGGGUGCUCAAAGUUUUUUGCUCCAAGAUCUACUUUUAAAUGAGACAACCUCCCGCGAUCUACCUUAAGAGAGGAGGGUGAACUAAAAAAAAGAAAAAAAAUUAAAUGUACAGUUACAGUAAUUAUG